AUAAAAGAAGACCCUAAGGCCUUCAUUCAAACAAUCGGACCUUGGGAAAAGGUUUCGCCAUAAUUAAAACCUAAGUUGGUGCUAAAAAAGAAUGGAAACUUGAUUCUUUUUCCAUCGCCGGGGCUGUGCGACGCCGUCAACCGCCACUCGUUCUUCUCACUUGCAGUUGCGCCGUCUACACCAAAAUCGACAAGCAUAAAGAAGAUGGGGAUUCGUCGUUCUAGAGCAACCGUUGAGAAAAGUGAAGAAUGUAAAUCACUACCAUUAUCUACUAAUGAAGUUGAUCAGCCUCCACUUAAGAAAUUGAGGCGUCCAAUUGAGAAUUCUGUAGGAGACAGAGACGAUGAAGAUUUUGAAUCAGGUUCCGAAGACGAAGAACAAUCUGAAUCCGGCUCAAGUGAAGAAAAGUCCAUUGCUCAAGGAGAGAAGAACAAAUCAUCUGAGUUUGAGUCUGACGGUGAUUCCCAAAUAAGAAAUAAACAGGCACAGCAGAACAUGGAUUUGGGAGAAAACACAGGAACUAAUGAACAUGACCAAAGUAAUGUGGAAGAAGAUGAUGGCUCAUCUGAGUCAGAGGAGGUUGAGGAAGACGAGGAUGACUCAGCUGAGUCGGUGGCUAAAAACGACAAAGCAAACAUGGAGUUCAUAGAGAAACACUCAAACAAUAACCUCAAGCAAAAUGUAGAUGUUAAUGAGGAAGAAGAGGAAGACUCAUCUGAGUCAGAGGAGAAUGAGGAAGAAGAUGAUGGCUCUGCUGACUUGGUGCCUGGAGGUGAUUCUGAAGCAAAUAGCGGUCAUGAAAACAUGGAUUUGGGAGAGAAGUUCUCCAGCGAUGCUCUCAAGCAAAUUGUGGUAGCCAACGGGCAUGAUUCGCAUGAAGAUGAUGGAUCUUAUGAGUCAGAAACUGAAGCAAGCCAAGAUCAUGAUUUGGGAGGUGAUAUAGCGCGAGGCAAGAGUAGAGGAGUUUUUCAAUCCAGAGGCUCUCUUGCUGUGAGCACAUUGAGAAAUGAGGAUGUUAAUACUCCACAGCAGAUCAAUUUUCCAAGAAAAAGUAAGACUGAAAAGAGUCCUUAUGCCAGAUGGAGUGACUCUCAUGUUCUUACUUUACUUGAAUGCUUGAUAAAAGUGAAGAAUGAGGAUAAAGAGGGAUCUAAGUAUCACAUUCACUCUGUUCAUCAAGCUAUUGGGGAUUUAGCUGAUUUCAAACCUAGUUUGCCCCAGGUUAAAGAAAAGAUUAGACGCUUAAAAAACAUGCAUGCAAGGGUUGCCAAAAAAUCUCGGGAAUAUUUGUCUUCUCAUGAAGCACAAGUUUUGAAGUUAUGUGACAUGUUAUGGGGCAAGGAGAUAAAAGAAAAUAUUGUAGACAAAUCUGGUGGAGGUUUGAUUCUUGAUGACUGUUUCGAAGCAAAAAAUCUUAUAAGUCAGGGGUUUCACCUGCUUGAGGGAUCAAAGAGACAAGAAGACUUUGAGAAAGAAUGGAACAAGUCGCGUUUAAAAGAGAUUGAGCUUUAUCUGAAAAGAUUAGAUAUAGUGAGGAAGCAUUUGAAGGCAGUUAAGUAUGAAUUGCGUGCUUCUUUAAGGUAAAACCAUUUCUUUUUGUUAUAUUGGAUUUCUGCUUCUUUAAGUUCUAUUGAUGUUGGCGCAUAAUUCUUUUAUUUCUGCAUAUUGGACAACAUUCUUGUUUGUCAUCAAUAAAACUCUAUACGUAAUUUUACUAGUGUUUGUUGUUGCAUAUAACUGUAUUUUCUAAAUCUACAAUCUAGGGGGAAUAAUUUGAGGAUGUGAAACUUGAAAUAAAAGUUUUUUCUAGUAGGCUUAACGCGUAUAAGUUUCGUGACCGUAUAAAGAGUCAAAUCUGGAAGAUAUUGUAAUUAUUUUAUUCUUUUAUUAGAUUCAUAUCACAUUAUGAAUAUUCAUGGAGUAAAUUGUUCUCUUUAUUUUAGCAAGUUGCAGCUUUUGCUCUUUCAUAGAUAAAAAAUUGGCCAUGCAGGCAAUAGAAGUGCAUGACAUAUAUGAUUGGUUUCUUAUACUAAAUAUCAACUUCUCCUGAUGCUUUUUCUCUAAUAGUGAAUAUUUAUGAGCUCAUCAGAUGUAGAUUUCCAAUUAAUUUGCUCCCUCAAUUUUUGGUAUUCCAACUUCGAAUCCUUACGUGGAAGCUAAAGUUUGCAUAUAGUUUGUUCUCUUGAACAACAAAAUAGGUCAUGACCAAGCACUGAUUUGUGUCAUUAUGUUUUUUGCUUUUCUGCAUUUUACAAAGCAAUUUCAAUGGCAUACUUCAAUGCUUCGCUUCACAUAUCCUUUUAUCUUUUACUCCUAUCCCGAAAUGAUUGUCCGGUUUGGAUUAACGCUUUUAUUAGAAAUUGUAACAAGAAUGAAAAUUCAAACUGGACAAUCAAUUUGGAGAGGAGUACAAUUUUAACUCAAUUAGUUUGAAUUAGUGGGCUUCAAUAUAAAGAGUUAUAGCUAGUCACCAGUUAGGUUUGGUAAUUUUGGUUGUACAGAACAGUAUGGCAGGCAGUUUUAGUUCCUUGCUAAAGCUUGUAGCCAACUAAAUUGUCUUAAUACCAUGCAUGCAUCUUGUGAGUGAAUUUCCUUUAACGCAACUUAACAUUUAUUGUUCUUUCGGAAAUUUGUUUAUAUAUCUUAUACCUCAAGUUUUGUUGAUUUUCUUUUUUUUUUUUUUCUGGGCAUAUUUGUAACUCAGAUCUCAGGAGGAAGUAGAUUAGACCAACUCAUUGUCUUUGCAUAAGGAAGAUUGUUGGAUGCUUUCGCUCUUGGUAUUACAGCAAGUUCGACUCUUUUGUUGCUUUGCUUUAUGUUUGGUGCACUUUCUCGUCCAGUUGGUUAAAAAACCACCCGACUUGCUUUGGAAGAUGCCGCAGAGAAAUUCCAGUCUGAUGUAUAUUUUGGUGUCGCUAGACUAGGUCAUUAUGUCAUUGCCAGUUUUUUUGAUGGAAAAAUUUAUAUUAGUGUAAUCGGAAGUUGUUAAAAUAUGGCGAUGACAUAAUGGUUGUACAGAAUUGCAAAUGAAUCCGUUUAUCUAAGGUUUAUGGUUACGUAGAAUUACUUGGAUG